UGCAGCCGCCUGCCCGCCCGCGUGCCCGGGCUGCGGUGGGCCAGGAUGUCGGGCUUCCUGGAGGAGCUGCUCGGCGAGAAGCUGGUGACGGGCGGCGGCGAGGAGGUGGACGUGCACUCGCUGGGCUCCCGCGGCAUCUCGCUGCUCGGGCUCUACUUCGGCUGCAGCCUGAGCGCCCCCUGCGCGCAGCUCAGCGGCAGUCUGGCCGCCUUCUACGGCCGCCUGAGGGGGGACGCCGCGGCCGGGCCGGGGGCCGGGGCCGGGCCGGGGCCGGGGGCCGGGGCGGCCGCGGAGCCCGAGCCGCUGCGCCGCCUGGAGAUCGUCUUCGUGUCCUCGGACCAGGACCAGCGGCAGUGGCAGGACUUCGUGCGGGACAUGCCGUGGCUGGCGCUGCCCUACAAGGAGAAGCACAGGAAGCUUAAACUUUGGAACAAAUACCGAAUUUCCAACAUUCCAUCACUAAUAUUCCUAGACGCCACCACCGGGAAGGUCGUGUGCAGGAAUGGGCUGCUGGUGAUCCGUGAUGACCCAGAAGGUUUGGAAUUCCCUUGGGGACCUAAGCCCUUCAGGGAAGUCAUUGCGGGGCCCUUGCUUAGAAAUAACGGACAGUCCCUGGAAAGCAGCAGCCUGGAGGGGUCUCAUGUGGGAGUCUAUUUCUCCGCACACUGGUGUCCACCCUGCCGAAGCCUCACCCGGGUCCUGGUGGAAUCCUACCGGAAGAUCAAGGAGGCAGGCCAGAAAUUUGAGAUCAUCUUUGUUAGUGCGGACAGGUCAGAGGACUCAUUCAAACAGUACUUCAGUGAGAUGCCCUGGCUCGCUGUCCCCUACACCGAUGAGGCCCGGCGGUCACGCCUCAACCGGCUGUAUGGAAUCCAAGGCAUCCCCACCCUCAUUGUGCUGGACCCACAGGGGGAAGUGAUCACGCGGCAGGGGCGCGUGGAGGUGCUGAACGAUGAGGACUGCAGGGAGUUCCCGUGGCACCCCAAACCCGUGCUGGAGCUCUCCGACUCCAAUGCCGUGCAGCUCAACGAGGGCCCCUGCCUCGUCCUUUUUGUAGAUUCUGAGGAUGAUGGGGAGUCCGAGGCAGCCAAGCAACUGAUCCAGCCAAUAGCCGAGAAGAUCAUUGCCAAGUACAAAGCCAAAGAGGAGGAGGCGCCACUUCUGUUCUUUGUCGCGGGGGAGGAUGACAUGACUGACUCCCUGCGAGACUACACCAACCUGCCCGAGGCGGCCCCUUUGCUCACCAUUCUGGACAUGUCAGCCCGGGCCAAGUACGUGAUGGACGUGGAGGAGAUCACCCCUGCCAUUGUGGAGGCCUUUGUGAAUGACUUCCUAGCAGAAAAGCUCAAACCAGAGCCCAUCUAGUGGGGCUCCAGCCUCAGGAGACGUUAUUUAAAACUCGGUCUUCUCCUCUUCCUCCUCCCCUUUCUUCCCUCCACCCUUGGACUUUUCCGGCGUGUCCUGAAUCACACAACCCAAGUGUCCAACCUCUCUGUGGUGCCUUGUUUUCUGCAUUAACUCCUCAGCUAGCACCCUAAGGUGCACAUCCUCUCAGCAGCAGAAGAACCCACCAUGUUUGGAGACUCGGCCUGGGAUUCACGGGGCUGGCAUAACCCGGCCAGAGCCAGGACUGCAUCACACACUCAGUCACUAGCUCUGGAAGCAGUGUUUGCCAGGCAUUCUUCUGCCGAGCGAGCAUGAAGGGACAGUGCGCUGGUGCUCUGGCUCGGCCUCUGGUGUCAGCAUGCACACGCAGGGCCCAGGACAGCUCAGUGACACAUGUACAUGCAGGUGGAGCAGGGAAAGGGCCGCAGCCUUGCUCGCCUCAGGUUAGAGCUGCUGGUGAGAACAUCCCUUCCUAAGUGACUUCGUCUAGUGACUCUCCCUCUUGGUGUGAGGGAAAAACACCAGCUUGGCAGUCGGUUCUUGGGCCGGGGAUUUCACGAUCUCAAAGGAAGCUUGUGUUCUUUUCUGGUGAGAAAGAGUAGCUAUGGUAAUGAUUCAUGUAGUAAUUACUUACUCUGAGCUCCUACCAUGUGAUUUAUUCCUUACAUGUUUUUUCCUUGAUCUUACCUUCUCCAAGUUUCUGCCUUCUUGUACAAACAGCCUCUACUGUCUUGGAAUUUUGUUAAUUCUUCCCCUCGGACACUUCCCGAGAAGAGGCACCCAGCCUUGUGUUCUUGGAGGUGCCCCACCUCACCCAGCACAGACCUCUGACACUCGGCCCACUCUGCCGCGGUGCCUGUGACCACCUUUGGUUACCUCUGUCAUCCCUCUUUUCUUUUCAAAGCAGAACUAAAAAGAGACAGAAAUUACCAGAAGCCUAGCUUUCUCCCUAAGAACCUGCAGAAAGAGCUGUAUCCUAGGGUGGCAGUGCGAGCAGAGGGCAUGUCAACUAAAAGUACACUUUGGAUCCACUUUGCUGAGCAAGCUCAGGUAGCUUGGAUCCCAGGAAACAAAAGUAACAACUGCUGUGUCCUUGGGACUUGGGGUGGGGGCUUUACCUAGGGAGUCACAGGAUUUGGGCCUAUCUCAACCAGGUGUUAGGGUCUUCCACCUGAUGGCAGGCCUCACCCUUGUCUCCACUGACAGCAUUCUGUCAGCCAAGACCACUGAUUUAGAAAACCCAGCCCCCGGUCAGCUAUUGACACCAUUGCCCCUUGCUGAAUUGGACUGUUGCUUUGUAGUUCAGUGGUACAAGGUUAGCUGGUAAUUAGACAGUUACUUGAUGUCACAGCCUGAAAUGCAAUCACCUAGUAAGAAAUAAAGCAGGCAUCUCUGGACAUUAUCGGCUUGGCCUUUCCUGUGGUUAAUAACAAAAAUCUUUUUGCUUGUGGUGCUGGGCCCUGGGGGGUCGGGGGUGGGGGGGAGACACACAAGAUCUUCUUGACUUUCAUUGGAUACCUAGUAGCUAUGUUUCAGAAUUUUUCAGAGCAGAAACUAACUAACGUGGUCAUCUGCCGGAUCCUUCUGAGGCCAGGGAGCUCCUUUGGGUUAGUGCGUCAGACAUCCCUGCUGGAGCUCUGGGUGGCAUCUCUCCUGGUUCCACUUGCCCUCGUGGAGGGCAGAUUCUCCACUCACAGGCAAUCUUGUGGACACUGGUGCUCAUCCCCUCCCCAUAGGGGAGCAAGUGCUCUGAAGCCUGAGGAGGCCGGUUGGAGAAACAAGGAAUCCCACACAGGUCUCCGAAUGGGCAACAGUUGGAGACCCUCAACCCUAGCUCUAUGCUGGGUGGAGGGGCUUCUCUGGGAACGUUGCCAGUGUCUCCUCUGGGAGUGUGGUGGGUGUGGGGACAAGGUGUUGCACCAUAUCAAAGUUCUCAAACUACAUUGUCUUCUAGGAUGUCCGGGAAGGACAGUUCCUGGAAUGGAGAUCCCUCUCCAAACAUGUUUCUGCCUCAUCAUGGCUGCAUCCCAAGCCUGGCUCCUACCUGCUGCCUAGCCUGCCAUGCUGCCCAGGACCCUUCGUACUUCCUGGUACUUGGUACUGGUGUGCUGGUUGAAGGCAUGAGGUUUCUCAUGAGAUAGCUGUGUGUGUGUGCUGAGGGGCAUGGCAGAUGCUGGACUCCUACAGACCUUGCUCCUUGGUCCUGCACCCUGACUGGGGCAGGGCUUAGGGCCUCCCGGCAAUGUGCUCACCUUGAUGCCCACGUGGGUGUCGUGAGCAUCUGCCUGUGCCCUCAGGUUUUUGCUUUCUCUCUUGGGCCCCGGGAAGUUGCUCAGGAACUUGGUGCUGUACUUGAGGUUGUCGCCACACACACCCCACUGCCAGGCCUGCCAGCUCUUGGGAGUGUGGUGGGUGUGGGGACAAGGUGAGGUCAACCUUACUUGGAAGAUGGAUUUCUUUGGACUUCUGCCUGUGUCCUAUAUCAUGAUAGCCUUGGAGGAAAAGUGGUCUCUCUUAGCAACUACUUAUCUUCUGGCGCAGAAGGAACAAAGUCCAGGUAGGAGUCCCUGUAAGUCACGCGGCAGAAAAAUCAGGUCAUCUGUGAUUCUUCUGUGACCUGUACGGGGCUGACAGAACUACUUGCCACUAAGGUCAAUUGGAUCCUUGGCACCAGAAUUCCCCUUUUAGAGUGGGUGUGUAGGUUAAGGUCACUGGGAAGGUUUACUAAAAAAAAGCUUUAGGUUUAUCUAGUGGCAGCUUUGAGGAGAAAUGGUGGGGGAGGACCACUUCCCAGUGCCAGUAAAAACCCGUUUCAGUAGCAUGAGAUCUUAAAGGUUCUUGAUGCAAAGGUUCUUGAUGCUGCUUCUUAAGCAGCUCCAAAAUACCUUAAUUCUUGUCACUAAUUGGAAGCAGGUUAAAACCCCAGCUGUGAUAUAUUCAAUGGCUUCCAUCAGCAGCAAGGGAAACCAGGCCCCAGUAGGUUGAGGCAGGAAGGUGGCUGUAAAAAUGCCACCCUGGGGUUCCAGAUUCUGUGCUCACCACAAUGACUUCCAGAUCCGACUCUACUCGUGUUCACAACAGAUGAGAUUUUUUUACCUGUCCCCAACAAUAAAGAUCUGGUGAAGAAAAA